AUGCCCGACACGUCCCCGCCCGUCGGCGCGCGCAUCGCGCUCAACAACUCGCUCGGCACUGUGCGCUACGUCGGCCCCGUCGACGGCACGCACGGGACGUGGCUCGGCGUCGAGUGGGACGACCCGCAGCGGGGCAAGCACGACGGGUGCAAAGACGGCACGCGCUACUUUCGCUGUGCGACCGACCACCCCACCGCCGCGUCCUUCAUCCGCCCCGCCGUGAAAGGCCUGUCGUACGGGCGCUCCUUCCUCGCCGCGCUCGCGGAAAAGUACAUCGACGACUCGCCCGCGCCCUCGAAGGAGGUCGUCACGCUCGGCUCGUCGCACGGGCUCAUCCAGGUCGAGGCCGUCGGGCUCGCCAAGGUCCGCUCGAACCUCGCCGACCUGGCGCGGCUCGUGGAGGUCUCGCUCGACGGCGCGCACAUCGCGUGGGCGGAGCAGCCGCCGCAGGUCGCGGAGCGCUGUCCGAACAUCAGAGGCCUCGACCUCUCGCUGAACCUGCUCCCCUCCUGGCCCGCGCUCGCGACCCUCACCGCGCAACUUCCGCACCUCACCCGCCUCGCGCUCAACUCCACCCGCCUCGCGCUGUCCCCGCUCCCUGCCUCUCCUCCCUCCCCGCCCCUGCCCACCUCCUUCCAGUCGCUCACCGAGCUCCAGCUCAACGCGACCCUCACCCCCUGGCCAUCCCUGCUCACCAUCCUCGCCUUCCUGCCCUCUUUACACACCCUCGAGGCGGGAUACAACUCCCUCUCCCUCCCGUCGCCGCUCUCCCCUUCCUGCCCCGCCCACGUGCACGCCAACCUCGCCCUCCUCAACCUCGACACGAACCUCCUCGCCGCCCUCCCCGCGCUCUCCCCGCUCUUCCCCGCGCUCACCCGCCUCGUCCUCGCGUCCAACCGCAUCGCCGCCAUCCCGCCCGCGCCCUCCGCCGCCGAACUCGGCACCCUCAAGCACCUCUCCCUCUCGGGCAACCCCCUCGCGGACUGGGCGAGCGUCGAUAAUCUGCGCGGGUGGUGCCCCGCGCUCGAGGGGCUCGCGAUCCGCGCGAUUCCCCUGCUCGACGGCUCGUACACCCGCGCGUUCGCCAUCGCCAAGCUGCCCACGCUCACCUCUCUCGACGGCGCGCCCAUCACCCCCAAAGACCGCCUCGACGCCGAGCUCCUCUACCUCUCCCACAUCACGCAGCACGUCCCCGCGCCCGACCGCGCCAGCUGGGGCCGGUAUGCCGAGCUCGUCGAGAGUACGUCUCCUCUCCCGCCCUUGUUUGCUUCCGAACCGCGACGCUGA